CAUUACAACCGUUCACCGUCAUACCUAGGAUGAUGCUAUAUCCGAAUAUGCAUGAGGUCCCUUGAAUCCCCUUUCUGUCGCGUUUCUCUCCCCCUUCUAUCCAAGACGUGCCCCGCAUGUCUGCGAAUAAUGCUCCUCAACCGGUGAAGCUCUCACUGCCUCUUGAAUACCAACAACAUCUCUUCCAAGAACUACGCGCCGAAGAUGAACUCGUCGUCAUUGCCAAAGGCCUCGGCCUUAUGCGCCUUGUCACCAACUUGUUACAUAGCUACGACGCGGCUGGAAAUAACUUAAUAAUAGUCGUAGGCGCCGAAGAGAGGGAAAAUGCUUGGAUUGGAGAAGCUCUCGCCGAGGCUGCUGCUAUCAGCAUGGCUCCUAAGGCCAGAGGUCUGACAGUUGUGAAUACCGACUUCACCAGUGUUGCCGCCAGAGAGAAGAUGUACGCUAAAGGUGGCAUAUACAGCAUUACGUCCCGAAUUCUGGUCGUCGAUCUAUUAACGAGUCUCCUCGAUCCGGACACCAUCACCGGACUGAUCGUCUUACAUGCCGAUAAAGUGAUAGCCACGUCUCUCGAGGCUUUCAUUAUCCGGGUAUAUCGUCAGAAGAAUAAGAAUGGGUUUCUAAAGGCCUUCUCUGAUAACCCGGAUCCUUUCACAAUAGGCUUUUCGCCGCUGGCUACCAUGAUGAGGAAUUUAUUCCUCCGGAAGACGUCAUUAUGGCCACGAUUCCAUAUGACGGUCGCGGCGUCCCUCGAGGGCAAGAAGAAAGCAGAGGUUAUCGAACUUGAAGUACCCAUGACAGAUGCUAUGAGGGACAUCCAAACAGCCAUUAUGGAAUGCGUGGAAGUUAGUAUCCACGAACUGAAGAAGGGUAAUUCCGGAUUGGAGAUGGACGACUGGAAUCUCGACAGUGCGCUUCUAAAGAAUUUCGACGUCAUGGUCAGGCGGCAGUUAGAUCCGAAUUGGCAUAGAGUCAGCUGGAAAACAAAGCAGAUUGUUAGCGACUUAACCGUACUCCGCGGUCUGCUACACUCGGUCCUCGCUCUCGAUUGUGUGUCUUUCCUACAACAUCUCGAUACCAUUCAUGCUGCUCAUUCCCCCCAGCCCGGAUCCACAAGGCAAACCCAGUCCCCCUGGCUAUUCCUGGAUGCUGCACAUACUAUCUUCGAAACCGCUAAGCGAAGAGUAUAUGCUAGCAAUGCGAAAGCUAAUGCGAAAUCGACCGUUGACUCUCUCCGCCCAGUGUUAGAGGAGCAGCCAAAGUGGGCUCUACUCGCAGAAAUUUUGGAAGAGAUUGACAGAGAUCUCUACUUCGAACCUCCAAUGAGAGAUGACUCUAAUGGAACUAUCCUCAUUAUGUGUUCUGAUGAAGCGACGACUCGUCAGCUCCGAGAUUAUUUACAAAUGAUGCAUGUCGAACCGAAGACCGAGAAUGACACAAAACAGAAUAAAGAGGCACACAAACCUUCUGCUGCGUUCAUGAUGCGGAGGAGACUUCGAAACUACUUGAAUUGGAAGAGAGAGUUUGCACAGGUUAGCAAUGCCCUGUUUACCGAGAACCAAAAGGCUCUCGAGGGAGCUGUCGACCCACGAAUAGCUCAAGGCUCGUACAAAGGCAAGGCACCAGCGAACAAGAGACGUCGGGUCCGUGGCGGUGGUGCUACGGGCGCGGCACCUGGUAGGGCAGCAAACGGAAGUGUGGCACAGUACUUCGAGAAGCCCAAUGAAGUUGCUGAUCUUAUGGAUGAAAUUCAGAUUACUGGUGAAGAGGCAAACCAAAAGGCAGAUAUCACGGCUGAUCCACUAGAGGAUAUGGAUGAUUAUUUUGAGCUGUACGAAAUGCAGGACCUUGUCGUGGUACACGCAUAUGAUGGUGACCAGGACGAGCAUGUUCUUGAAGAAGUGAAGCCUCGGUACAUAAUUAUGUACGAACCAGAUGCUGCAUUCAUACGCCGAAUCGAAGUCUAUAGAUCAUCACAUAACGAUAGAAACGUCAGGGUGUACUUCAUGUUUUACGGCCAAUCGGUUGAAGAGCAACGUUAUCUCGCUACGGUCCGACGAGAGAAGGACUCGUUCACUAAACUCAUAAAAGAACGCGCCAGCAUGUCUGUCGUUAUGACUACUGACUCCCACGGUGUCGAGGAUCCUCAGGAGGCGUUCUUACGGACAGUCAACACUCGAAUAGCCGGUGGGGGUCGAUUAGCAGCUACAGCAGAGCCUCCGAGGGUCGUCGUAGAUGUCCGAGAGUUCCGCUCGUCGCUCCCAUCUCUUCUUCACGGGCGUAACAUGAUUAUAGUGCCCUGCAUGCUCACGGUCGGAGAUUAUAUUCUCUCACCAACCAUCUGCGUCGAACGUAAGUCGAUUAGUGAUCUAAUCGGUUCGUUUAAAGACGGAAGACUCUACAGCCAAGCCGAGACGAUGUUUCAACAUUACAAGAACCCGAUGCUCCUAAUCGAGUUCGACCAGAACAAAUCGUUCACGCUAGAGCCAUUCGCAGACUUGUCGGGCAAUCUGAAGUCGGUUAACCCUAAUGAGGUGCCGUCAGAUAUCCAGUCCAAAAUCGUGUUACUCACUCUCGCUUUCCCAAGACUGCGAAUCAUCUGGAGCAGUAGCCCAUAUCAAACGGCUGAGAUCUUUGAGGGACUGAAGACGCAGCAAGAAGAGCCAGAUCCCGUAGCUGCAGUCCGGGCAGGUUUAGAUAAGGAUAUGAAGGCGGAGGAUCAAGUGUUCAACCUUGAACCUCACGAGAUGCUAGGUGUGGUACCAGGUGUCAACCCAAAGAACUUGAAGAACCUAACGUUAAAAGCGGAAAACGUUCGUGAGGUGGCUAACAUGACCGAAGCCGAACUUCAACCACUUAUCGGAACAGAAUCUGCGAGACAAGUGUACAGGUUCUUCAAUCGGAAUUUAAUUGAUAUAGACGACUAAGUCUAUACCCCAAGUUGAUAAAUCAGAUAGAGCUGCAAGUUUAGAAGGUUCCAUAUUAGGUAGCAUAUCACAAUCGAAAUCGCCAAGUAUGGUGAAAGUUUAGUAGGUAGUGAUUUGAAAUGUCUAUUGUUUUCC